CACCAGGACGCCAUUUUGGAUGUGAAAAAGUACGCGGCCCGAUUUUCUCAGCGGUGCCGAGGACCGCUUUCCGGAUGAAUCCGUCGCCCAAAUCCGGCUUACCGGACCACCUUUGAUCACCGGAGUGACCAGGGAUCAUCGUGGGACGCGAAUAAUCGAGGAGUGGACGUCGUGAGUGGAGGGCAAGUGUCGGGGGGCAGCGUUCCCCCUGACGGGAGGAGGCCGCAGCCAUGUUCUACGCACACUUUGUGUUGGCCAAGAAGGGCCCGCUGGCACGCAUCUGGCUGGCAGCCCACUGGGACAAGAAGCUGACGAAGGCGCACGUCUUUGAGACCAACAUUGAGAGCAGUGUCGAGGGCAUUCUGCAACCCAAGGUGAAGAUGGCGCUGCGAACAUCCGGCCAUCUGCUGCUGGGCAUCGUGCGCAUCUACUCGCGCAAGGCCAAGUACCUGCUCGCUGACUGCAAUGAAGCAUUCAUCAAGAUCAAGAUGGCCUUCCGGCCGGGAGCAGUCGACCUGCCUGAGGAGGGCAGGCAGGCUGCUCUCAGCACCAUCACGUUGCCUGAGGUGUUCCACGACUUCGAGGCCACCAUGCCCGACCUCAGCAACAUUGACAUGGAAGCGGCAGUGACGCUGAACCAAAGCCGCGCGGAAGACAUCACACUCAAGGAGGACUAUGGCUCACUCAGCCUCAUUAAUGAUGAUAAUUUUGGAGACAUGGGCUUUGACGACCCCGAGAUGGCUCGUGAGGCGACCAACAUAGACGAGGCAUUUGACCAGGCCAGCCUUCUACUAGGAGGCUCUAUGCUAGGGCGCCCCUCCGAGCAGCCCCGAGGGGGUGCCUCUUCCUCCGCCGACAACGAGGCCGGCGUGUCGUCUUCUGCUGCCGAGAACUCGGCUCUGGCGGCGAUGCCGGUACCCAGUGAGUCCAUCGAGGCCGGAAGGAAUGCUCGGGAAGGGGAAGCUGACCCUUUCGGAACAGCGGCUGCUUCGACCGAGGCUGAAGUGGCUGAAGAUGCCAGGGAAGGGGCGCUGCUUGAGGGUGAACCGAGUGGCUUGUUCGAGCCAGCGGGCCUCUUCGAUGAUGCGCCACUAGGACACGUGCCCUUAGACACGAGUGGGUCAGACCGGGAUGGGCCCUUGGGUGCUCCGGGACCUGCACCAGCCGUUCCCGACGCCCGGCCCGUUGAUGAGAGUGACGAUGAUGAUGACAUGUAUGAUAUGGGCCCUCCUUCAAUGGGUGCUCCGUCAGGGCCGUCCAGUCCUGGGAGCUCUGUGGGAGAUGCCAGGGACCUCGACGGGGGUGCGACGACAUCGGCGGCCGCCGGAGUGGCUGGCCCGUCGUCCUCUUCGGCGAUGCCCGGUGUGGACGAAGGCCUGCUCGAUCAGCAACAGCAGGACGAGGCCGCAAUGCCCCCACCUCCGCGGCCGCCCUCUGUGGACUCGGCUCAAAUGGGUGGCGUGGACCCUGGGCCCGGAGAGCAGACAACGCUUCUCAACAACGAGGAUGAGAGCUUUGCCCUGGCUCCAUUAGACACUAUUGUCCAAGGCGUGGAGAAAGCCCGUGCCAAGCGGAAGCGCAAGCUGAUCGUUGACGAGGUGAAAAACAUCUCGGGGGAGGAGAUGAAGUCCCAGCUGUCGGACACGAGUGACAUUGUGACCACGCUGGACCUGGCGCCACCCACGAAGCGCCUUAUGCACUGGAAGGAGACCGGAGGCGUCGAGAAGCUGUUCGCAUUGCCUGGCCGGCCGAUCCUGUCCAAGGCCCUAUCCCGCCUCUACCAGCGGCACCUGACGACGCGAUCCGUCGAAAAUGAGCUGGCCGCUGGGGAGGAGCAUUUGCUGCAGCAGCUCGAAGAUGAGCAGGACGCCAUCAGUGAGCAGCCGCAGCAGAUGCCACAGCACGAGGAGCACAUGCAGGAGAACAGCCUGGGGCACCAUACUAAGCGGCGACGCUUGGAAGAUGACCUCGUGGGUCCGCACAGUGUGGUCAACGAGCAGCCGGCCCACCACUACGAUCUCGGCGCACCCGACUUUCCCCACGGUGGCCCUCCUAGCCACUUGGGCCCACCUUCCGUGGACCCCUAUGCCUCGGUUGCUGCGGCAAGCAUGGUCCCGCCGCACCAGGACUACCAGCAGCCGCAGCCGCAGACACCCCUGCAGGACGGCUGGCCCACACCCGCCGACUACACGUACGCCCAGCCGCCGCCUCCACCGCAUACACCGGUGCCUGACUAUGCAGCGGCAUACCAGAUGCAGCAGCAGCAGCAACAGCAGCAGGCGGCCAUGAUGGGUCACCAUCCGAUGACACCCCUGCACCACCCUCACCACCAGCAGCAGCUGACACCCGCCCCCCACCUGGAGGAAGAACACCACCAGCACCACCCGGGACACCACCAGGCAGCGGCGGCGCUCUUUCCUACGCUCCAGCCAGACCAGCUGCAGUCCGAAUACCCAGUUCAUCCAGCCACACCUGUGCCACCACCCCAGUCACCUCCGGCAGCCAUGAUGCCCCCCGCAGCCCAGAUGGGACCACCUCCGACACCACAGAUGAUGCACCCACCCACGCCACAGAUGCAGCAUCAGCAGGAGGAGACUCCGAGCAUGGAACCCUUGGCGCCACCAUCCGAGUUUGACGCCCUGGUGGCCUCGGGUCCAGCGCUGCAUGGCUAUGGGGAACCCAUGGAGUCGACAUCAGCCGAGCAGCAUCGCUUAGAGGAGCCUGAGCCCCAGUCAGAGCCACAGAUGGAGCCACAUGCGUCGACGGAAGACCAGCAGCAGCACCAGCAGCAGCAGCAGCAGCAGCAGCAGGACCAGGACCGGUUGACAGAGCAGCAGCAGCAGGACCAGUUGGCCCAGCUGGACGACGACGAUGAGGACUAUGGGCCUCCCGCGUCUGUCGGACCAGCCGAGGAACAGCUGGCUGACGAGACGUAUGAACAGUUUGAAGAGCGGAUACUGAACAAGCGCACAGUGCACAUGCUGCACAUGAUCCGGACGCCCCUAGAAUCGGGCCGUCAGGUGCGCUUCAGCGACGUCGCACGAGGAAGCAAUCGCAAACAGGUUGCGCAGAAGUUCUAUACCUUCCUUGUGCUGAAGAAGCAGCAGGCUGUCGAGCUUCGGCAAGAGAGCGCCUUUGCCGAGCUCUACAUCGAGAAAGGACCCAAGUUCGAGCAAUCGUUGCUCUAGCCCACCACGACGACCAUCUCUUCUCACUCCCUUCCCCUCAGCCACUGAGGCAGCACCACCUCCCCCUCUCCCAUGAACACCACUGUUAUCACCGUUGCACCCUGUUUGUAAACGAGCACGCACGGACACACUGACGCUGCCUUGUGCAAAACGCCCUCCUUCGCCUCGUUCGCGGUUCUCAAGUAUUCGCCGUCAUUCACGACUCACAACAAGUCACCACCGUCAUGUGCGCGAAACGACGCAAGUGCAACCCCCGAUGUGGACUCCUCCUCCCGCCGUCUCCAGCCCCCUCGGGGAGGAAAAACGCACCGAGAAUUCGCGCACGGUCUGCUGCAGUGUCCCGGAGCGCGCGUGUAAGCUUUGGUUUGGACCAAGAGCUCUCGACUCGGCCCUCCUUCGCGGUCGACAAUGGCCGUCGGCACUGUGAGAGCACGCGCGACAUGCAACCCGGCAGAAAGAAACAAACACCCAGGCGGGAAAUUUUUGGUUGGUGCACAUGUCUUUUUCUUCCUUCUUUUCAUCUCGUCGCUGUGUUUGCCACCGGUAAAAUUUCUUAUCUCUUGCGCAACUUUCGCACUCGUUUUGCUAAAUGGUGCGAGUGGGGAUAAAAAAAAGAGAGAGAGGAUCUGUAACCUGUAAAACCUGUGGUUUGCGUAAAAAAAUGCCUGCCACCUGUUUUCUCCUGUGAGGGAGAUGUUGGAGUCCAGUUUUUUCUGAGAGAUGCUAUGCUGGUUCUUGGGCUCUCUACAGUGGCGUUACUUAAUUGUGUGAGAAGUGAGAUUGGGUUUGCCCUUUCCAUCUUCCUUCACCUCACAACAAUGCAAGUGUGCCAUUGUCUGACAAAUGCAACUGUUUGUUUUGCAGUGCUCAUAUCUGGCAAUUGGCGUUCCCCGCAACCUCUCUUGCUGACGUUUAAAAAUGCAGCCUUUACUGGUGGACACCGGUGUGCAUUUGGAAAAUCUUUAGACAGACGAGUUGUUGAAGAAAAAAAAAUUAAAGCGAAAUUUUCUGCGAUUGCAUGCCGCACGGCUUUUGCUUGCCCGAGGCUUUGAGAAAUAAUGUCAGACUUAUGCGGUGUUCUGGCACACAUAGCAGGCUUCAAGGGAAAAAAUAAAAGAAACGAAAAUGAAUGUGGGGCCACUUAUCGUUCAAAGCGUUUCCUCUUCCACGUCUCUCUGCACCAGGCCUAUCCACCAGAUCAUUGCUUGACUAUACCCUCACUUUUUGCUGUACAUGACUCGCAAAUUCUUAGUUGGGGAGGGUGGGGUCUUCCUACGGAAGGUCGGACAUUUGCAUCAACCUUUUUGUUUGUUUCGUUGUGCUUGGUUCUUGCUGUCGCACACUUCUGUGUCGUUUUUUUUUGCACGUCGUUGCUGCUUCAUGUUCCCGAAAUUUGUAUACUGUGCUCCCCUGGCUUUGACCUGCCGCUAGGCUCAUGGCUGGAUUUUCAAACCUCCUCACGUGGCCAGUGUGCGCGCUCCUCUGUUGUCCUGUGCCUAUUUUAUACGGUCUGCAUUUGGGGUUUUAUAAGCCACUUUCAGUGAUCGGGCAGUACAGACUGCGCUGUGCAUCUCAGCUUGACAGUUUAUCACUAAUAUGCCACGCCCGCUGACAGUUACCAUAGCUACCACGCCGCAGAUGUCUGCCAGCCCAGCCGCUUGCAAUGUAGGUUUCAAUAUGCUACACUGGGGGAAAGAAAAAAAAAAAUAAGGUACAAAGAAAGGGUCAAGAAAAAAAGAAAGCUUGUGUAGCGCAACCUUAACUUUGACAUGGAAAACCGAGCAAUACAAUCCUCAUUAAAGUGUGCUGGUUAAUUAUCACCGUGGUUGAACCUGGCAUCAGCAGUACUGAUUAGCUUGAGCACCUAUACAGGCUGGCUGAUGACUGGGAUGGCAGACGUAACAGUAAGCGGUAGUGCUGUGUUAAAGCAGUUCACACUCAGUGGUGGUCCAAAUGUGCCAGGGCAAUGGAUUCCCAUCUGCCUAUGCCGAACAACUAUGGCUUGUGCCUGGGCCCUUUUUUUGAGCACUACGAAAGUGCUCAUAAGUUGUCAGAUUAUAAUCUUUGCUUUCUUUCGAGUUCAUAAUUUUGGGAGUUUUAUCUAGCAUUCUAGGUUCACUUAAUGUUUUAUCUUUAGUGAACAUCUAUUGUAUGUGAACUGGGCCCAAUGGGCGAGCUCUGCAUUGCUGUCCGAGAACGCUGGCAGCCUGUUAAAGCACAACUUCAAAUAACUUUUGUGGCUGCAAGUUCUGUUUUUGGACAUUAGUUUCAUUUUUUUAUUAUCCUGUGUUCACGUUUUGCUGCCUGAAAGCAGUGUCAAAUCCUUCCGUGGCAUCUCCGCAAAAGCUGAUAGAUGUGGAACUGUUGUGUUCAAGGUGCAUAGUUUUCUUUGUGAGGAAUUAUACCUCAAAGCGCAUUAGAGUCUUUGGACCAUCACUGAUGUGCAACUAAUCUGUCAUCAGCUACAACUUGUCUGCUGUCAGUAUUCUCUUUUGUGUGUCCACUGUCAACAUUUUACUUGUGCACGUUUGCAGAGCGUAUAAUUUUUACCAUCCUUUUCGUUCGAAUUUUUCUAAGGCACUUUGUCCUCAGAGAAGUAGGUCAUAAUAUUUGACCUUGAAAUCAUGAAAAGUUCUCGUUGUUUAGGCCAACUUUGGUUUUUGUGAAGAGUUUUGCAACUAACAGCUGUUUUAAAUCAAAAUGAAAAUGCUUUUGCACCAGCAAUGAAAGUGCUUCGCUAUGGCAUCCCCGUUAACAAAGCAACUAUAUUUGGUCUAGUCGCACACAUGCCUUGUUUAUCUCUUUAUAUGCAUACAUAUUUUUGUUCCAUGUUUUGGUGUAAGAAGUCAGCAUGAAUGGUGGACCGUGUCGAGUGUGCCGAGUUGUGUCCUGCGUUUGGUUUUUUGAGAAUUCUUUUGCGCGAGACUAUGCAAGCCGAGUGUAAAUCGUAUCUUUUCCAUCGAAACUUUAGCACCGCUAGAGUGAGCUCCCCCAUCAUUUCACGACUCGCCCGAGCUUGCAAAUGUGCAACGAUUCUCAUAAUCGUGCGGCAGACGGAAAUUGGGAGAAGUCACGAAGGGCUGUUCGUUGUGCUUUGCACAGGUCUGCAUCGUCUUUAAAUCUUGCGUCGGGGUACUUUCUACGGCCAUGCUUUUUCACCCCUGCCUUUUGUACAUUGCAAACAUCUACUACGCAUGUAUAUUUGCUGGUUGAUAAUGCAAGGAUGUUAUUGUCUUAACUCGCGUGACACCUCAUGUGCAGAGCUUGCCAGGAUAAAAUGUUUAGGCAUGAAUGCAGUGAGUGAGGCUGGUACAUUCUCGAAAGCAUUUGAGAGGGCAUGUCUUUGUGCGAUGGCACUGUUGACCGUGUAGUGCGUGAUGAUUGAGGGUUGGCUGCCCUUGUUUUACGAAUCAUUCUCUUGAAGAGAUACAGGACCUUCAGUUGUGUUGGAGAUGCUUGCAACAACUUCUGUUGGUGAAAGAAAUGGUAUGAGACAUCAGAAUCUCUUCUUAAAUGAGAGAUGAAUGAGGGCAAUUGCGCAGGCAUCUCCAGCAGCACCUAGUAACCAUACUGAGUAUCCAAAAUGUCAUCUUGUCCAUUAAGAGCUUAGCACUAGUGCACGCUACAUUGAACCAUUGGCUCAGUGUACCUAUGGUUUUGAUUGAAUAGAAUGCUGCUGACUGAAAUGAUGUCAUCACCAAGAUGCUACUAUUACAGCUGAAAUGGGAAGCACCACCAUUGUAAUUGUUCGCAGUGGACAGAUUGGUUUGUGGCUGUUGAUUUUUGUUUCUUGCGCGCUUUGUAAUCAUGUGCAUCUUGCCACUGUAGCACCGUCACUUGUCCUGGUGGGGGCAUUACGGUAACUCUGGUUUUAUUGUAGCCUUCUCUCGUGUUGUUUACGGUUGCUGGCACGAUUUACUUUCGGGUGUGUGUCUUUCGAACGAGCGCCAUUGUGUGGUCGACCUGUGCUGAUCAGAUCUGACGGGUUACACUUGUGAUGUACAAUAUUGAGAUGCUAGUUGUAAGAAGGUUGUAUGUGUGUGUGUGUCUGGAUUUUCAUUGAGCGUUGUACCUCAAUUUGGUGGAAUCCUUUCAAGUUGGUCACUGUUCCAACCUCUAUUCUGAAGUAAUUGUGCUCUUUUUGUAAUUGCAUGGUCAAUUCAGCAUCAGGUUUAGGAUUUGCUGAUAGAUGUUUUUUUUUAAGAAACUGUUGAAACCAUUUCUCUUGUAGUGCUGAUGUGCACUGAGAUUGAACACUGGAUCGAUUGCCCCUGUUUUCAAACGACAGCAUGUUGAGUGUGAACAUUCUACAGGAAGCAGGGGAGAUCAUUGCAGUGGGGUUGAUGCACUUGUAGACUGACGCAAGUUGCCAGUGCAAUGUCUACAAUUUCCAUCCCUAAGCGUACAAAAAUUUCCUGUUGCUAUAUGUGUUGCAAACAAUGCUUGAUGUCAGGCUCUUCCACAUGCAUUGGAACAUGUAAGCUAGGGUGCCUAGAUGCAAAUAUUUACCCCACUUUAUAUUGGAGGAUGCAACAAUGAUAAGUUGCAUGCUGCAGACAAUGGAACUUUCGCGUGUGACGUUAAUGCAGCCAAAAUUUGCAAAGGAAAAAAGCUAACGGCAAAGGGAUUACAGGUAUAAAAUAUUAGGGAUGGCUACCAAGAUGGCUUUGUGGUAGCAGCAAACUGUUUUUCACUGGAUAUGUGUGUUUGUUGGUUGGCGGAUUAUUUCAGUCAAGAGCGGAUUGAAAAUGGGUGCAAGUGCGGGGAUGUGGUUGGACAAACCUGCAACCCAUUCAGGAAGAGAAGAUGCAAAAUUGUUCCCUCAUGAGCAACUGUUUCUAGUUGGAAAACAUCUGUUCUUAGUUUUUUAUAACAUUGUUUUAAGCUGUAGCCCAAGAUGUGCAUGGUGCUUUGUUCUUCAGCUCAGUUGUGUGCCACUGCGAGUGUAUUGUAGUGCCUGCUCCCCAAGAAGGGUUUCUCUCUUAAGUUCAUUUCAUUGUACGAUGCUGUGAAGGUAUGGUCACGCCUGCGGCCUAAGAAGGAGGGUGUUUUUGUCGCUCCGCAGAGCACUUGGCUCGUAGUGAAACAUUUUCAGUACUCUGGAGAGGUGUGCUUGCUUUUCUUUUUUUUUUUUAAAAUCAAAAUGACAUUAUGCUCCUGUGUUAACGUGUCGCCAAAACUUUCGAGAGCAGGCAGACCUUGAUGUGUUGAGGCUCGAAGCAGCGAGAAGGGAAGUCUCAUCGUCGUGGCAUACAUGUGAGAGGGUCAUUUCCAAACAGACGAGGCACUCUUCGUUACUCAUCGCGGCAGCGUUCAUUGGCUGUCAGUUGUACAUUUCAGAAAGUGGCGGUGCGGUAUAUGUGUGCUCGUCACCUCCGUUGCGAUUGAACGCAGGAUCAGUCCAGUGUAAAUAAUUCAUAAAAAGCACACACACACUCACCAGAUAUCAAGAAGGGUUUGGUCACGGCAACGUGCGACUCUCAGCCGCCAACUCCGAUUGUGACGAGUUUGAUUGUUGGGACGAGCUUAUUCCCGAGAGGUGGGUUGAAGAAAAAAAAAAUUAGUACAGAGGCAACAGUGCUUGUACUGUUACUUUACGAUACCCACGCUCUUCCCGCAGCCGAGACUCGCACGUUGCCUCCCAAAUGUACAUGCGCCUUUCUUUUUGUUGUUGAAAAGCAUAGUUGUGUUGCCAAUUUCAGCAAAAAAAAGUCCUUGCAUUCAUUGUCUAAAAGAAAACAAAGCAGAUUAGUGUAAUCAUAUUGUUUUCUUCUUUUUAUAUGAAAUAAAGAAAUAUAUUGUGAAUAUGCCAUCCACA